AUGGCUGAUAGAUUGAUUUCUAGUGUGUUGGGAAAAUAUCUUUCCGUCUUUAUUAAAAACUGGGGAAAGGAUGCCUUGUCUCUAUCGUUUAUGAAGGGAUCAGGGUCUCUGAAUAAUUUAUUCGUCAAUGAACAAGUUAUUCAAGAGGUUUUACCUAUUGAUUUUCUUCAAGUAAUGGAUGCUCACGUCAAUCAACUCUCCAUACGUUUACCAGGUCUUACACGUUUAACAAAUGAUCCUCUCAUCAUCACUCUCGAUAAGUUGGUUAUCAACUUGGAGGAACCAACAAAACCUUUUGUUAAAAAGACACCACUGAAGGAUUUUCUGGAAAAGAACAGAGGAUCUCAGGGUGAUGAAGGUUCUUCUUCAUCAAAAACAGGUACCAGCAAGUAUGGAUUUGUGGAUAGAAUUAUUGAUGGUCUCAAGAUUGUGGUAAAUAGAGUUGAAAUUAAUAUUAAAACUCUCGGGCCAAUACCUUCAACACAAAUUGGACCAUAUACACCUCAUGUAUUGCAAAUUCUAGUCAAGGGAUUUACCCUUCAAACAACAGAUUAUAGAUUUAAACCUGUACCAGAUUUAAAACAAGCCAUCCCAAAGGUUGAUAAAAAUCCUUUUGUUUGGGUGCAUCGUAUGGGUACUAUUGAAUCAAUAUCCAUCUCUCUCAUACCUAGUUCAGUCUUUUCUAGCACAGGUAUAAAGAGUACACCAUCAGCAAAUAGUUUCUUACCAAACUCAGACCCUAUCAAGCUUUUAAAUGAUAUAACUUGUAAUAUCUUUAUAACAAUGAAAAAGCGAGCAGUAACAGUGGGUAAACAAUCAUCACUACUGAGUAUCAAUGCUGAAAUUAUUCUUCCUAAAAUAGCAAUAACACUAAGACAGGACGAUAUUAAAGCACUUAUCAGAGUCUUGUUAGCUUUUAAAUCAGCAUCAGCAAGACAGGAUUUAAUUCAACCAAAAGAUCCACUAACAACAUAUGUAAAGAGAACAAAAAGAUCAGGCAGUCAAUCUAGUCUUUCAUCAAAAUCUAGCAAAACAUCAAUGACCAACACAACAACAACAGCUAGACAAUCUAAAGCAAUUUCUAAAUUCUUUGUUGAUAAUAAUGGUGAUGAGGAGGAUUCGGAUGAUGAAGCCAAACUUGAAGAGGAAUUGGCAGAAAUGGAUGGAGAUUUAAAUGAUAUGGAAAUUAUUACAGAUGAUAUGAUUAAGAAAUCCUCAACUCCACAAGACACUGUCAGAAAGUGUAUAGUUGUAAAUUUAAACGAGUUUUCAAUGACAUUUUUGUAUAGUCGUGAUGAGAAUAAUCAACCUAAACAAGUUGUUGGAAGAGAAAAUAGACGUGUACUUGGGUACUAUUUUGAAAUGUUGGGAUUCCAGUUAGGCUUGGUCAUGCCAGAGGAUACACCUGAGGAUAAGAAUAUUCAACUCGGAAUUCCUUUCAUCCAAUUUAAGGAAAUUACUACAAGUUUCAAGGGACAAGGAAAUUUAUCAGAAACAGCAGCUUCUUUCUUGGAUUUGGAACUCAUUGGAAAUCACAAUACUACAGAUAAUGAAUUGAAAGAUGAAAAUUAUAUUAUUCAACCUCAAAUAUUUAAAGAAGAGUUUGAAGAGGAUGAUUUUGUGAGUCAUCAUGCAGAAACUACAAAAAUAGUGAGUCCUACAGUUACAGGAUCACACAGUUAUACAGUCAAUUUGGACGUCUGGCCUGAAUUUUUAUCAACACACAGAUACUAUCCUGACUAUACUAAAACUGAUAGAGUAUACCGACCAAACUCUGUCAUUAAAAGAAAAUUCUUUGAGGAAGGGAAAGAAAUGGUCAGGUUAAAGUUUGUUAAGGGUGAAGGAAUGGAAUUCAUUUUAGAAUGUAGAGUGAAUCCUAUCAAUAUCAUGCUCGAUGUUCGUAGACUUAUUAGAUUAUUGGAAUUUUCUCUAGAAUGUUUACCAGACAUGUCCGUCAAACCUCCUGUGGAUAGUAUCAUACAACUUGGUAAACCUCUUAAUCCAACUGGUUCACUCAGCUCUAUGGCAUCCACAACUAAAAGUGCAGAAAAGUUGAAAGUUUCACCAUCCAGUAACUCUAUCAAUUCAUCAAAUUCUGAUUACAAUUCAGAUGAAGAAAGUGGAGGAGAUGAGAAGAGCUUCUCCUUCCUUGUGGAAAUUAGAAGUCCAAAAAUUUUUAUUCCUUCAAAUUACUCACCAGAUCUAAUGACCGAUGUGAAUGAAAUUGUUUGUAUUGAUAAUAGAGAAUUGAUCAUCACUAGUGAUCCUAGAAUUAGAAAACAAUCGGAAUGGGGAAAGAAGGAUAAGGAUUCACUCUUUGCUCCAAAAUCAAUUGAUACAUUCCCAUCAAGUGGUUCAGAUUACAGUUCGUUACAUUCUUCUCUAUGGGAAGUUUUGCCAAACAAGUUCAAGGUCAAAAUAUCCGACUUUUUGAUUCAAAUCAUGCCUUCCAUUCACUCACCACCACAGAGAAUUAUGGAACCUCUUUCCUUGACUUUUGAUUUGGGUAUCAAUGAUGAAACCUUGUCAGAUUACCAUGCCAAGUUACCAAAAAUUGUACUUCUUACCUUUAUUGAAAAUUUGAAUUUCCACAUGAACCAAUCUCAAGUGAUUUUAUUGUUGGAAUUCAUACGUACAUUUGUUGAUGAUCCUCCAAUGAUCAAGUCCUUCCUAAUUCAAAGUACCAAAUCAUUCCAUGACCAUAAUAUUGAUCUUUUCAAAAAACCAAAUCAACCUCAACCUAUUAUUGAAGCUCCAAAGGAAGAUAUUCGUCUCAUCCCUCUCAUGUUCAUGUCCAAGAUUGCCAAGCUUGAAGUUUCAAUUACUGCUUCAUCUGCCACCUCAAUGGAGGCAUUCUUCUCCUCACAGUAUGACCCUUCUUUGGAUGCAAAAUUAUUGACUAUGGUUUUGAGUGGAGCUGAGGUUUUAGUAGAAACCAACAAUACUACAAAGGUUAGCAACUUUUUAACGGUGAAGAGUAAGAUUGCUCACUUUGAAAUAACUUCUCCACAAAAUGGUGAAAAUCCUUCUUCGAUCAUGGUAAGCCAUAUGCAUUCGAGCAUUUCACAAAAGUCUCCAUAUGUAUUCCCAAUGUAUGAUAAAACCAAAUCUCCUGGUCACAUGAUAGUUUUCAGAUAUGAACAUCCAAUGGAUUUGAAUGCUGAUACUAAAAAGUCACCAGCAACUCCUAGUGACCAACCACAGAUGGAACCUCACAGAAAUUCAAAUUUUUUGAGAAAUCCAAGACUUAUUUUGAAAGCAAACGGACUUCACAUUGGUUUAAAUACUGACACUGCAUACCAUGUUCUUCAUUUCUUAAAUUCCAGAGAAAAUGCAUUUGAUGUAUCACCUAUGGAAAUUAUGAAUAGAACAGUGAAGAGAACAUACAGUAAGAUUCGUGAAAAGUACUUGCCUGAAAAGAAGAAGGCUCAAGAGGAAGAAGAGGAAUUGGUUUCACAAUUGCCUACUGACUUUUUGGAGAGCGAAACAGGAAUUACUUCACCAAAGGUUGAAGAGUCUCUUUCACCAAAAGACUCAGUUGAAGUUUUAGAGGAAAACCAAGAAGAACAAACACAGCAACAACAAGAAUCUUCUUUACCACAAGUAGCUGGACAGGAAGCAGAGUCGAAAUCGGCUGCUACUUCACCUUCAGAAAAGGAUGAAGAGGAUGAAGAACCAUUGACUGAUGAAGAAAUGAAUACCGAAGAAGGUGAUGACUCAUUUGAGAUUAUUACUUCAGAAUCGGCCUUCGAUACUCCAAAGGAAACACCAACUCUAACAUUGACAAUGAAAGAAAUUGACUCAUUUGUUUCUGUGGAAGUUGAUUCGUCAGAGAAAAAGCCAGAACCUAUUUCCAUAGCAACAGGCAUUUCCACACCAACAAUUCGUACCAUAGAACCUGCCAAAAUUGAGAGAAAAACCAAAGAAAGUACUGCUGAAAUUAUUCCAGUCAUUAAGGAAGAAAUCAUUCCAACCAUCAAGACUGAAUUAAUUCCAGUCAUCAAGACUGUUGCUAAAAAGAUCAAAGAUACAAAGAAGAAACCACAAGUUGUUAAAGAACAAUCAGAGGAACAAGAACUUACGGAGGAGGAAGAGGACAAGAAGACAGUUCAAGAAUUCUUGGCCACCACUCACCAAACUUUCUAUCCAAUGUUGUUCGACAUUUCUCUUGAGGAGGUUGAAGUUUAUGUCAUCGGAAAAGGUCAAGGACCAAAUGCUGUUGGUGUGGAAAUCAAGACAUUGGGGGUCACUCACUUGCCAACAAGAAGUAUCAUGGAGGGUGCUACCCUACCAAUGUUUGAUAGUCUCUACCGUAUUGAACAUUUGGACAGAAUAUCAAAACAACCUGUUCAAAGCUUUAGUAAUAGAUCUCAUGAAUAUGAACUCAAGCUCUAUGGUACUGGUACAAAUGUUCACUGUUUGAUUAAGACUGGUGUUCCUUUCAAGUCAUUGGAUGAUAUUAACAGUGCUCCAAAGACUUCAACAUUUGACAAUUUGGAAGUUGUUCCACUCACCUCGGCACCAGUUGAUUGGAUGAUUGGACUUAUCAAUGAUUAUACCAAGCCAUUGAGUAAGAGAGGUAUUUGGUUCCAAGCUAUGGAUCCUUCCCUUGGACAUUCAGAGAACUCUUUGCGUAUUGAAAUCAAACCAGAGAUGGUUUAUGUAAUUUCCAAGCUCUUGAGAAGCCAAUUCAAGGAUAUCAAACAAUGGGCAGAUAUGUUACAAGGUUAUUUUGCCAUGUUUGCUGAUAAGAAGACUCUCUUGAUUAUCAAAAAAUUCCAAAAUUUGGGAGAUUUAAUAGCAGAAUCACAAAGAUCCUUCACAAAGACUCUUAUUGAACAUUAUAGUUUGACAAGACUUUUCAAUAAUAUGCACUCUGAACUCAAUGAUAAGACAGAAGCUUUGAAUGAAGCCAUCAAGAGUAAGAUUCACCUUACAGAAGUAUUGGCCGAUAUGCAAAACCAACAAUCAUCUAUCAAGACUCCUUCUAAACAACCCCAAGCUGUUACCAACACACCAAAAGUUGAUGACAAUAAGAAGAAUAUUCUUAUUGAAGGACCUUGUAAAGUACUCACUCACAGUUCAAAUACUUUCAAGAGAAUUCACUGUGUCUUGUUAGAUACUUGUGAAAUUUUGUGUCUCACUCAAAAACUUCCACCUCAAAGCUUUGUAAAGGAUUCUACAAAUGCCAUUGAUAAGUACUUGUUCUAUCAUAUGGCUUUGUCUGAUACAACAGAGUAUAUCAAGACACAAGUACCAAUUGAAGAAAAUCAACCAAUGCCAAAGGAAGUUUUGGCCAUCAUUAAUGGUAAUGAAAAGAGACUUUUCAUCUAUCCAGAAACUCCUAACCAACUUGCAGACUGGAUUAGAUUAAGUGCUAGAGUAAUUGAAGAACUCCGUAUCAAAAAUAUGCGUAUUGACAUGAGUGUUCAAACAGAUAUUGGCAGAGAUUUCUUUGAAACAAGGAAGCAAGAAGUUGAUGAUAAGAAGAAUGAAGAAAUUGUUAAUAGAGUUUUAACAGAUGAAAGUAUUGAACAUCAAAAUCGUGAGUUGAGAGGCAUGCAAAAGCAAUUCGAAAUUAUCAAGAAUUCUCUUCGUGUUGCUGCUGAAGAAGAAUUUUCUCUCAGAGUUGAAUUCAGUCAACUCCAUGAAUAUAUCCAAUCUUUUAGAAAGGAGCAGGAAAACCGUGAGCAAAGUAUCUCCACUUACCUUACUCAGGAGAGUGAAACACGUAAAUUGCUGAACCAACAAAAGCACUUGACCAAACAAUUACAAUCUGAAUGUGAUCUCAGAGAUAGAAAGAUUACCGAUUUGGACUUUAAACUAAAGGAAGAAAAGAAAAAGUUCAAGAAGGCUCAAGAGGAAACAAAUGCUCUUCAUAGAACUCUUCGUGAACAUAUCAUUCAAUUACAACAAGAUUUACAAAAGACUCAAAUCGACAAGGGAAAGGUUGAGAAGGAGUAUAAUGUACUUGUAAAGAGACAAAUUCAACAAACUGAGAGAGCUCUCAAAAUGGAAAAGAAGGGUGAAUCAGCUCAAAUCGUCAGAGGUGAAAUUAAUGACCAACAAUUAGUCAAUGCAGAAUUGAAGAAUAUCAUUUCUGAUUUGUAUGUGCAGUUGGCGGAGUUAAAACAACAAAACCAAAACCUUCAAAUGCAAAAUUUGGAGUUGCAAACCAAACUAUUGCAAGACAAACUUACCGAACCUCAAGAUGAAGUUUCUCCUGCUCAAACAGGUGAAAUCAAACUUGAAACAGUGUUGAGCUUUUCUGGUAAAGACAAACUCCUAGCCAAUAAUAAUGGAGCUAGUUCUCCUACUGAUGACCAUGAUAGAAAACCAUUGCCAACCAUCCCACAAAAGAAUCUCCCAACACUUCCAGUUUUACCACCAAACCAACGACCAACCACAGGUCAACCAAACAAUGGAUUAUCUACACCAUCACUCAGAGAAAGAGGUGCUACCAUUGCAGGAAAAUUGACAAACACUGCUGGUAGACUUCGUUCAUCUUUCAUUGGAAAACUUUCAGACUUGAAUACCCCUAACAAUCCUUCCAAUAAUAAAUAACUUGUAAGAGAGUG